AUGGUGGACCUUUUCCUCAACCGAGUUCUGGUGGAAAACAACUGGGAGCAGGAUGAGCUCAACACUGAGCGGGAAAUUGUGGGGAUUCUGGAAAACCGCAUCCUCAUGCUACUCUUUGCAUCUGCAGAGUGCGACAAGUGUUGGGACUUUGUGCCUGUGCUUAAUGACUUUUUUAAACGACUGAAAGACCCAGCUUAUAUUGAAUAUCCCAGACUGCUGGCACUCAUUUACAUCAGCUUGGACCAAUCAGAGGAGCAGCAGGGAAGAUUUCUCAAGGAGAUGCACAAAAAGGUUCUCUUUUUAGCCUUUGAGGACCCAUACAGGGAGGAACUUCAGGCCAUGUUCAAGGUAAAAGAUGUCCCGACCGUGGUGGUUCUCCGUCCAGAUGGCUCUGUCCUGUCUCCGAAUGCUGUACAGGACAUUUAUCGUUUGGGUUCCGAGUGUUUUCGCAACUGGGAGGAAUCGUCAGAACUGAUUGAGAGAACCUUCAUGCUCAACGAGGAGUUUGACAACCUGAAUAUGCGCAGUGCCACAGAACCUGUGAGGAGGCUCAAAUACAAGACAGAGGAUGACAAGAGGAAAAAAAGAUGGUGGAUGUUGUGA